CGAGCGCCCCGCCGCGGCUCGAGGGCAGCCAGGCCGUGCGCGCGAGGGGCAGCCCGCACGCCGCUGGGGGGGGGCCCCUCUCCCGCCCGGAGCUCAAUGGGGCUUUCCAAGCCGGCCCCGAGACCGUCGCUGGUCGGCUCUGCGUCGGCCGCGGUGGCAACCGCCGCGUUCCUGGCUCUGUCGUGCAUGUUCACGCCGGGGGCGUGCUACGACGUGUGCCAGCAAGGAGGCAAGGCUUUCUUCUGGGUGGCCCUGGCCUUCACCGCGUUCAACCCGCUGCCCUUGCUCCCUCCCCGGCUUUGGGGCGCUUCGGCGCCCCUGGUCCUGGUGACGUGGGCGGCGGUGGCCUUCGGCAUCUCUGCCCUCGGGGAUCCGAUGGUCCUCUUCGAGCGCGCCUGGCGUGCGAUGAUUGAGCAGUUAUCCCUGCCGACGAUCGCCAUCGCGGGCUCUGCAGCGAUCCACGCGGCGCUGACGGUGGUCCUCAACAUCCACCCGGUGCUGGUCCAGAACACGAAGCACCUGCAGCCCUUCAAGAUCCAGCAGGACAAGCCGCCGGCGUCCGUAGCGGAGUGGCGCCACUGCAUCGUGCACAUCGUCGCCUCUCAGUUGCUGGUUCAGCUGCCGCUCAUCUCGGGCCAGUACCUCUUCAUCAAGUACUUCGAGAUACCGUUCGACUACGAGUCAAUCCCGAGCUGCUGGAGCCUGCUCUGGCGCGUGUACCUGUCGCUGGUCGUGGACGACACGUGGGUGUACUUCGGGCACCGCGCCCUGCACGACCGCCGCAUCUACAAGCACAUCCACAAGGUGCACCACACCUACACGUCGCCGUUCGCCCCGGAUGCCGAGUACGAGCACCCCGUGGAGACCGUGGUCUUGGGCAUCGGCUUCUUCCUCGCGUGCCUGUUCUUCACCAGCCAUCUCCUGUUCAUGUGGGUGUGGCUCUACGCCAGGUUGGUGGUCACGUACGACUCCCAUUCCGGUUACGAGUACCCGAUGAACAUUCUUCACCUGAUACCGUUCUACAACGGCGCUCGGGAGCAUGAUUGGCACCACCAGUACUUCAACGGCAUGUUCGCCCCCACCUUCACUUAUUGGGACAGGCUCUUCGGUACGAACGCUGGCUUCCUAGAGCACCAGAGGAAGCGUCUCGAGCAGGAGGCGAAGCAGGAGGUCCAGGAGGCGAAGGAGGACUGA